GAGGGAAAGCGGCUGGCCGGAAGUCACGCACAAAAAAACGGAAGUUGAUCACUCUUUACUUCCGUGUUUGAAAAUAAGGUGGAUACUUAACUCUAUACUCCCUCGGACUCGGACACUAUUUAUUUCGAAGACAGCAUCCAGGAUGGACGACUGUCCCCAACAAACGCCGCUGUUUACAUUCGGUGUGAUAGCUGACAUUCAGUACGCAGACCUCGACGACGGAUACAAUUAUUCCCGGACGAGGAGGCGGUACUACCGGAGCAGCCUCCAGCUGCUGAGGCAAGCCCAGGAUAGUUGGUCAGAGUCGGCUGUCAAACCCGAGUUUAUCCUCCAGCUGGGAGACAUUAUCGACGGCUUCAACAAGGGCCCCGGCGCCUCAGACCGAGCGCUGGACACCGUGCUGAGAGAGUUCAGCUCCAGCCCCGUGGAGGUCCACCAUGUGUGGGGGAACCACGAGUUUUAUAACUUCAGCAGGAGCGCGCUGCUGCGUUCAAAGCUCAACAGCACACCGCUCACUGACGGGAGCCUGAGUGGAGCCCGGCCCGGCAGUGACAUCUAUGCCUACAGCUUCAGCCCGUUCCCCGGCUUUACAUUUGUGGUCCUGGAUGCCUACGAUGUGAGCCUGCUGGGCAGAGACAAGUCCAGCGGACAGUACAGCGAGGCUCUGACUUUGAUAAGACAGUACAACAACAACGAGGAUCUCAACUGUCCCCCAGUGGCUGAGAGCCUGUUGCAGAGGUUUACAAUGUUCAACGGUGGUUUCAGUAAGGACCAGCUGGACUGGCUAGAUUCUGUUCUGUCUGCGGCCGACAAUAAACAGGAAAGAGUCACAAUUGUCAGUCACCUGCCUGUCCACCCCUACUCCACAGAUCCUGUCUGCCUCGCUUGGAACUUCGAUGAGCUCUUGGCCAUCAUACAAUCCCACAGCAGUGUGGUGUGUUUCAUGGCUGGACAUGACCACAACGGUGGAUACUACCUAGAUAAAACCAUGGGAGUGCACCACCUGACAUUAGAAGGGGUGAUCGAGACUCCACCCAACAGUAACGCCUUCGGCACGGUGUCUGUGUACGAGGACAGGAUGGUGCUGAAAGGCAACGGGAGGAUUCGAGAUCGAGUGCUUCUGUUUCUAUGCCAAAGUGACCCAGGUCAUAGGGCAAUAUGACACAUGCUGUAAUUCAGAUGCUGUCAAGGCAAUAUUUUUUUAUUUAGAGAGGUAUAUUCUGGACCGGGACAUUUAGAGGAUGUUUGUCACAUUCUUUGGAGAAGUCAGGGAAUUUUACACAGGUCACUUUACAAGAAAGAAAAUCUCCCAUGACACAGGCUUUCCUGUGUUUUUCUCAGAUGAGGUGAUGAUGAAGUGAUUUUAACAUAUUAUUUGCUGAGUACUGUAUUGUGCAGUGUACUGCUAACUAUAACUGAUAUAUUACCCAGUUUUUAGGUGAGAAGAUCAGCAAUGUAAAACAAUGCAACUGGUAAUAAAAUCUUUACACCAGCAGUAGUUGCACAUCUGUGUCUGGCCGAAUAUCCCAUCCACAUCUCUGGUAUCUUAUGCUGCAUUCAAGUUUAAAGGAAAGUGGUGGUGGCUACAAGCAUUCUGUUAGGGCUUUGUAUUGGCAAUAAGCUGAUAAUACAAUACAUAUCACCAUAUAGGGGUUAUAUUUCAAUUUUGAAUAUAUUGCUGUAAGCAAAGGCAUAUUGCAAUUUAAAAAAACAAAUUUUAGGAGCUAGCAGUGCCCCCUUUAUGACUGCCUGUUUCAUAGGCUUGUGUUCUGUCCCAGCUGGCCACCAGCGUUGUUAGACAUUGAUAUUUGGUUGAAUUUAGGUUGUGAUGUUGGAUGACUAAAAUUCAAUGUCAGGUCUAAUGCCAGCAUCAAUUUGAUGUAGAAUUUGAGCAGACAAACAAACAGAUGACGUUGAUAUUUUGUUGUACUGUUCAGUAAUUGAAAUCUGACAUCUUCCGUGUUUCAUGCCGAGGUCCUCUUGAUGUAGAAUAAUGAUGUUUAGUUGUAAGGUAUGGAGAACAAAACCCAGUGUAUCCUAACAUCAUUAGGUAUUUAAAAUGUCAACCUAAUUUUCAUUACAACCAAAUUUAAUGUCAGCAGCCAGCUGGGUUAUGCUAGUGAUAUGUUGUUACUUUGUAGUGGAAGAGUAAAAUGGCUGAAGAUGGAUUACAACACUAUCUGGCGUUGGGGGUUUGAACACAACACAAAAUAAACCACUACUACAAAUGUUUGCAUAUCAA